AUGGAUUCGAUAGCGAAAACUGUCUUCACAAGUAAACUAAACUCCGUCACCGAUUCUGUAAGCAAAGGUUUUAACUUUGGAGACGAAAAAGAAGAGAAAGACGAUGACCAGCAACUGACUUCGAAAGAAGUGCGUAAAUUGGAAGAACAAGAUCGAGCAGAACGAGCGAAGAGAGAUGAACAACAUGCGAAAAGGAACGAGCAAAGACAAAAGAAAAGGGAAGCAAUUCGUGCGAAAUAUGGACUAUCAAACGAAAAGGAAAGCGGGGAAAGACGGCCUUCGCAAGGAAAGGCAGAUGAUAGUAAAAAUACGGAGGAAAAGUCGUGUGCUGUUAUGUAA